CUCGGAACGAUUUGCCAAAGAUAGUACUAGAGAAGCUUUGCCAUCGGAAAUAUGUAUUGUUUAUGUUACGCCAGUUCGCCUGCAGUUGAGGUUAUGUUAUAUACAUUCACGUGGUAUAAAAAAAACUAAAGAUUUUCCUUAGGACUACAGCAUUUAACUGAAGAUGGCGAAAAGUUUGCGUAGUAAAUGGAAAAGGAAAAUGAGAGCUGUUAAGAGAGAACGGUAUGGUCAGAAGGAGCUGGCCAGACUUAAGAAUAUUUUAGGCAUUAAUGAUGGAAGCUCAGACGCCAACAUGGAAAACAUUUCAGAGAUUGUAACAGUGGCAGAUCCUAAAUCAUUGCAAGCGGAACAUCCCAGUACUUCUACAUACAGCACACCCCCAGAAGAGGAAAUGGAUCAUGAUAAGAAACGAGUGUACAAUAAGAAAACUCUCAGGGACCAGUAUGGUAACUAUCCUGUGUGGAUGAGUAGUAGAAAGAUAAAAGCAAUAGCAAGCAAAAACAAAAUAACAAAGAAACAAAAGAAGAAAGCUGCUAAGAAAAGGAAGAAGACAAAUUAACAUUAAAUAUCUAGUUGUGAUACAGUUCUAAAUGUGGCAGUUAAGUGUUUCUUGACAACAUAUGAGCUCUGUGGAUCUAAGACAUAAGUUGAUACAUUGUAUUUUAUAAAAUACCAUUGUAUAUUUUUUAUUUAAAUAUGUUGGAAUACAUUUAAGUUAAUGAUUUAAAACAUU